AUGACCCUCUUCCGACGACUCUCUACCGUCUCAUGCUUUUACUGCCUCAGUCUUAUCGACCCUUCCCACCCGUCCUCAAGUCGUGCGGGUGCGUUCGACCCUAGCUCGUUUCGCUGUCCAUACUGUGGUUGUUGGAACCGCUAUGACGCACGCGGUCAAAUUAUCAGCGACGAACCUGCUCAAUAUGAUGAACGGUUAAAUAUUGACAGCUUCUCCAAGCGCGGUCUACCAGACCGCAACCAACUCCCAUCACUAGCAGGACAGCGCACAUCCAGCCUGUUCUGCCGUGCCUGCCAAACAAACCAAACACUCCUCAUCAACCUACGCGCCGCCUACCUCCCCGAGCCAGGCGAUCCAUCAUACUCCACGCGUGUCGCACAGCUACCCACGUACAUAGCUUCACUACAGACGCGCUACCCGCCCGUGUGUCCGUCCUGUCAACCCGCUGUUGACGCUGAGAUUGCUAGGAAGAACGAAUAUGCUCGUACACGCGCGCUGGGUGGUGCGUUGAGGUCGAGUGUUACUCGCCCAUCGUCAAGAACAGGAGGAGCUAGAGAUGUAACUAAAGUCAGCCGCACUAGACUUCGGUCAUGGCGAAUACGUGGCAUAUUGUGGAGUAUAAGUUAUUUAGCCGCCAUCCUAGCCAAUGCUGCAGGUGUUUUCCACCUUAGCAUCCCCUCGCAUCUUAACAGGCUAAUUCCUGUAUUACCAUUUCUAAUUUUCAUUUCUAUCAUUUGGACGUUCUGGGAUCCUACGUAUUCAUUACAACAAAAAUCUCAGCUUCAAGGGAGGCAAGUCCGAGUCGGUGGCCGUCAGCAAUAUAUUUUUCUUCAAGGCCUAACUUGGAUAUCAAGGCUAUCAACAUCCAUAUUGUUACUAUCUUCUUCGAUUAGCAGAGAAUGGGAUUUCCUACAUCUGUGGACACGAAACUCCCUUGAUAGGAAUUCGAGAAGAGAGUUAUAUUUCGGUGCUGCCUUGGCUCUAGAGUUAACGAUUCUCGUUCUAUCUUACUUCUCCAUCACCAUCCAUAAACCCGCUCCAAUCCGACUGAUAGACACCUCAGUCCAACGGGCGUUCUCCGAACCUCCACAUAAAUCAUCAACGUCGGCGAACGAUAACAGCUCAAAAAAUGGGCCGUCAACUUCCUCAUACGCCGUCCACCAUGGACCAGAUCCAGAACCAGACAUAUUCGCUUCACUCUCACUAUCCGCAAAUCCUAUCAUCACACCUACACCUACACCUGCCAGUGUGAACCCGAUGUUCGGGAGGCCCUCGUUUGUACUUGGUGGUAAUAAGGCGGCUAGUUCUAGUAACCUGCAAUCGAGUUUCGCUGAUGAUGAAGAGGAUGAACGUGAGGAAGAUGGCUUUCCUCUUGGGACACGUCGGCGAGAUCCAGAUGCAAUGGAUUGGGAACCAGCGAGCCCUGUUAAGGAACUAACGAAACAUACAAGCGGCUCGAAAGACGACGGGACGUGGCUCCGUCAACAACGCUUCUUCCCCCCAGAAGAACCAACGGGACUCGAGAACCUCCUUAUGCGUACGCGUCUAAUGGACGAAGAUGAUCCUUCACGUCAUUCACGUGCGGGGAUGCAGAGAGAUGGAAGAACGGGAAGAAUGGAAAGGCGGUGGCAAUGGCAUUGGGGAUGGGUGUAUUCCGUUUCUGUGUUACCCGUCGUUGCUAUUCUCGUUGCACUCUGGUUACGAUCGCGAAUGUAGAAUGUUGGACGGCCGCCGCCGUAUCACACCCUCC